AUGACAUUGCUACUAUCAAGAAUAGAUUAUGCAGCAGUGGGUGUCACAUCCAGAGGUACAACAAAGAUUUUCCCUGCAACAGAGCACAGGCAAAUGCAAAAGUUUGCUGUAGCUGAUCAUGAUGGUGUACUACAUGUCUAUGGUGUAAAAAAAGGUGAGCUACAGGUGUCAUUUAAAUCUCUACCAGGACCAAGGAUUAACAAAUUGGUUCUUGGUGGUAGUGGGCAUGAUAAAAUUUUUAUUGCACAGGGAAAUACUGUGAAAGGAUACACUAGGAAAGGAAAAUUAUUUUUGGAGUUUGAUACUAAUCUCAUAGACUCUAUUUCUGCACUAUAUGUACUUGGUCCAGAUUUGGCAGCUUGUGCCAGAGAUCUCUAUCACAGAUAUCAUGAUUGCAAAGAUGCUGACUCCUAUUUAGCGGGUGAAACUUUGUAUGAUGUUCUUCUUCUACCUGCUGACACUUCUCUCGUGUUUGCUAUAUUAGCUUGUGGAGAUUGUGCUAUACGAGUUCUUCAUGGUACCAAAACUCCAGUAAUUCUCAGACUUCCCAGUGUGCCUACAAUAUUGUCACUGUACAGAGAAGGUGAUGUUGAGUCCAAGGAACGUGUCCUAGUUGGAACCAUAGAUGGUAAAGUGGGAUUAUUAAUUUUGCAAGGUAACAAGACUCUGCGAAUCACUUGGCUGUUGAAUAUGACAGGCUCAGAAAUCACCUCUUUGGAUACUUAUGAAUUACAAGAUGGUCUAGACAUACUUAUUGGUCGUCAGGAUGGUACAAUUGAAGUAUACACUUUUCCUGAAGAAGACACAUUACCAUCAUUUCGUUAUCGUUAUAAUGCCAAUGAAAGUAUCAGUUCAGUAGCAGGAGGAAUAAUCGGUGCUGCAGGAUAUCCUGAGGUAUUGGUCACAACAUACUCAGGAAGAAUAUUUGGCUUAACUACCAGGCCACCAGGAAUUUUAGAAGCUGACCAAAAUGAUGGCUUGAUAAGGUUAAAAGGAGAGAUACAACAAUUACAAGGAAAAAUUAAUGAAGAGAAAGAAGCAGCUAAUUUUUCAGUUGAUCUUUUGGCUCCACUAAUUUUAUCAGUAAAUCAUAGAAUGGUCUUAAACAGGGAAGAUGCAUCCUACUCUCUUUCUGUAGAACUUGAUACACCAAUUGAUAACAUUUUAAUACAAUCGGACACCCCAAUUAAAUUAUUGGAUGUAGAAAGUAACAGUGCAGUGCUUAGUCUAUCAGCUUGUAAUCCCAAAGAAGGCAAUUUUGUUCUUGCUACUUAUCGCUGUCAAGUAAAUACUAGUCAUCUUGAAAUGCGGUUAAGAACCAUAGAGGGACAGCCUGGUACUUUGCAAAUUUAUGUUACUUCACAGGUACAACCAAAGUGCUGUCGGAAAAUAUCAAUACCCAUAUGUGCUCUUUCUCUUCACGUAAGGCAGUAUGAAGAUGAAAAUACAGAAUCUCAUAAUGGAGGACCUUUCAAUGAAUUAAAAUUAGUUGGGAGCUUCACUGUUGCAGAGAUGCAUGCCUGGCUUUUCUUUGCAUUACCUGACGUCCCUGAAAGACCUCAUUUAGAGGAAGGAGAAGCCAGUUUGACAUAUAUUUCUUCUUUUAUUGGUACACUCCUGAAGUGCAAGUAUAAGAAAGGAAGUGCAAUUUUUCUUGGAGAGAAUGUAUCAAGCAUUAUAAUUCUUAGAGACAUAUUAACCAGAGAAGCAACAAAAAGAAAGAUCAAAUUGGAUGUCUUCUGUAAUGUUGCAGAGAGUAGUAUAUCUAGGGUAUUGGAGUUAGUUCUUCCUCAACUGAACGCUGCUCAUGAUUUGAUCAUAAAAGUGAAAAUUCUGAAUGCUCUUGAGGAGUGGGAACUGAAGGAAAAUCCAAAGGAGAAUUUAUGCACAGAGUAUCAACAGUUGAUACAAAAAGAAGCAGAGAUAAGGUCACAAAUGACAAAGCAUAAUGAAAUUUUAGAAAGAUUACAUGCGGUUAUUACGGAUCUCUAUGUUGACUGGGAGAGAGCUAAACGUUCUCGUAGAAUCAGUGGCAAUGAUGCUGCAAAGAAGCUCAGCGCAGCGCUCGAAUCCAGAGAAUUGUCUCAACUCUUACAUGUGUUUAUUGAUACAAGUAACACGGUGCCUGCACCAUCUUCAGUACCAUCAUUGAUCAUCUAA